AUGAAUUUAUUGUUAAGUGAGUUCGUUGGUGACGUGUUAGCUACGCAUACUGAUCGUAAUUUGAAAUCAAGAAAAGAAGUGCUAUGGAAAUUAACGAUUGAACUUUUAGAGGCGUUUAGUUUACCUGAACCAACCAAUCAUCCUUUAUUUUCCAAUACAUCUCAGAAUUAUGACGAAGGAUUUUAUAGACUUUUUGCUUGCUAUAAUAUUGGCAUAGAAAGGCUUUAUAACAUUUAUAGGCAGGAUAUAGAGAAGACAGUCGAGCGUGAUACAGCCGGUAGGCGUGCACGUAACAUAAUAAUUGAAACUGUAGCUCAGCAAAAACAGCGAGAGCUAGAAAAAAAGCAGUCAGGAAAAAAAAGAACAAAUAAAGCGGUGGAUAAUUCGCAAAUAGAACCUGAUAAAAAAAUAAAAAAACGAAAAAUCUCUAAAAAUACCAAUGAAGACAUUGGUAAUAAUGAAGAACUUAAUCCGGGUGCCCAGUAUCAAGAUGA